ACAGAUCUAGAUCCCCAGAAAACGGGGAAAUCAAUCAAGACGCCAACAGGAAUUCGCUCCGUGCCACCCAAGCACGUAUACAUUUCGUCCCCGAGCCGAUCCAGAAAAGCAUCCACCAUUCCUCUAUCAACGUACAACGCCGCUCCCCUUUUGCACUCUUACGACGACAGUCCGCAGCGUUGGUCAGGAGUCACCAACGGGCACCAGGCAGGCGUCAUCAUAGAUCAGUUCCGGGGCGGUAAAGCGAUCACCAUUGAGGGAGGCACCAGCACCGGUGAUACGACGAGCAUCGGCGGCGGCAGCGAUUUACGACUGGUAAUAACGGCCAAUCCCAGUGAGAUCGAGCGCAAUUACGAGCAGCCAACCAAUCGCGGUGGUGGCGGAGGCGGCGGCGUUAUCGGCGUCAGCUGCGGUGGCCAAACCCCACCGACACCCACGGUCGGCAAAACACUGCUCAACACCAGUCCAAAUCUCUUGCCGAUCACUACAGCGACCGAUACGUUUAAUAACCUCAAGAAUUUGGUGAAAAUCGACAAGGGUUCCUCGCCAUCGUCGGGAUCGAAUCCGCAAGGAAGCGGCAAUUACCGUAAAGGCGGUUCCAACGGUUCAGGCUUCAAGAGCGCCGGCGGCAACGGAGGAUCUCCGGCCAUAAGCGGCAACAGCGAGGGCGGCAGAAACGGCAGCCGAUCAUCUGGUGGACCAACCGGACACUUUUCAACUGGCUAUAGCAAGAAUUCCGCCAAAAUUCGCCAACACGAUAGUGAGGUAAGCCCAAGACCUCGACGAUCUUACCAGGGUGACUCGUCGUCGUCGCGUUACUAUCCGAAGAAUAGUGACAUUUUGGGUCAAGGUUUAAGCGGCAGCUCCGAUAGCUACAACGGAAGCUCCUCAUCCGGUAGAUACCAGCAGCAGGACCAGCAAGGCGGUUCACAUCGUGGUAGUCGCAACAACUAUCACUCCAACUCCGAUGGAAACUACAAUCGAUCAAUAAACUCAAACUCCGUAGGUGGAGGCUCUGGGGCAGUCGGCUCUGGAAGCGGUGGCAGCAAUUAUCGCUCCGCCCGCAACUACGAGAACGGCAAUGGGAGCAACGGCCCACAGUCACGUUACGGCAGCGGCAACGGGAACGGCAACAGCAACAACUCCUCAUCCGGCUACAACGGAUCAGCAGCAAGCUCAACCAACAACAGCAAGUCAUCAUAUGGGCCUUCGCGCGGUAGCAAUGAUGGAGGCGUGAGUGGCGGAUACAGCAACAAUUACCGCGACAGCUACGAGGAUUCACCAUCGCAUCAGCGCUAUAACAACACCAACAGCCUAGAGCGGAACGGAGGAGGGAUAGGAGCGAGCGGAGGACCUCGCAGCUACGGCAGGUCGGAGGCGGAUCGUUACGGAGGAGCACCGGCCAGUCGCACACCUACUCUUCGCAACGGUAAUGCAUCUUCUCAAAACUCGAGCUCUACUUCCAACUCUUCGAAUAUUUCUUUGAACUCCGGGUCAGCGGCGACAGCAGGAGCAGCAACUCCGCAUUCACAACAGCAGCAGGAGCGAUCCCAGGCUGGCAAGGCAAGCACUCCGCCACCGAUCACCGGGCGCUGGAUACCACCAUCGCUGCGUCCGCAGCAUGGACUUACCCAAAGCGAGAAAAACGACGCCGUGUUUCGGCGCGUGAGGGGUAUUCUAAAUAAGCUAACGCCCGAGAAGUUCCAGGAGCUGAGCGACGAACUGCUAAAGCUAGACCUCAACUCUAUUGUAAUUCUGAACGGCGUUAUAUUGCUGAUAUUUGACAAGGCCUUGGACGAGCCGAAGUACUCGUCUAUGUACGCGCAGCUUUGCAAGCGACUGUCCGAAGAAGCCCCAUCAUUCGAUAAGGAACCAAACAAUUCGUGCACCUUUUUGCGCCUGCUGAUCGCCGUUUGCCGUGACAAGUUUAAUAACCGAUUGAAGCGCGACGAGAACGAUAACCGACCACCUCCUGAAAAUGAAGCCGACGAAGAGGAGCGCCGCCAUUUGGCCAAACAGCGCAUGCUCGGCAACGUUAAAUUCAUCGGAGAGCUUAACAAGCUCGACAUGCUGUCGAAGACCGUGCUGCAUCAGUGCAUCAUGGAGCUAUUGGACAAGAAGAAGAAGCGUACGGCCGGUGCGCAGGAAAUGUGCGAGGACAUGGAAUGCUUGGCUCAGCUGCUCAAGACUUGCGGCAAGAAUCUGGAUUCAGAACAGGGCAAAGAGCUGAUGAACCAGUAUUUCGAGACGCUUGAACGUCGGUCAAAGUCAUCUGAAUAUCCACCGCGGAUACGCUUCAUGCUAAAGGACGUCAUCGAACUGCGCCAGAACCAAUGGGUGCCGCGCAAGCUGGGCACCACUGAAGGCCCCGUCCCCAUAAAGCAAAUACGCUCGGACGACGACUCGAUUAUUCGUACCCCGUUCCCCAAUCGCAACCGGGAUAUGCGUAACAACGAUCGCGACUCUGACAGUUGGAUGAAUCGGUUCCAUCUGAAUAUCCAGCCAGGCGGCUAUAACGACAUGUUUAGUGGACUGAGUGUCACUGGAGCUUCUCCGAUUGUCUCACCGUUCGCUACCAGCAAUCGUGACCGAGAUCGCGACAAUCGCCAGUAUAACAAUCGUGGCGAUCGCAACCGGGAUCGCGACCAAGGCGGUAGCGGCGGAGCCAAUUAUGGCAAUCGAUACAACAAGCACAACCAGAACGGAGGAGGCAGUGGCGGAGGUGGUUCCUCUAACAACCGAGACAGGGAUGAUUCACGUAGGAAUAACGAUCGCGACCGAGAUCGCAAUGAUGGACAAUAUGGGGGCAAUCAGCUGCUGGGUAGCAAGGAGUUGGCACCGAGGUUCAAACGCAAUUUGAUCACCACGAACCAGGAUGCGGUGGAAAACUUGCAAAUGCGCCCGGCGGCCAACUCCUUGCUCUUCCGAGCGGCCUCCCAGAACCAAAAGUUCCCGACUACGUUGCCCAUGUCCACACCUCCCAACAGCAGCAGCAACAACAACCAAGGCAGCUCACAAGGCAAGGAUCAAGGCCAACUGUCGAAUUCGCACUACCCGAUGUUGGGCACUCCUACUUCCCAUCUGACAAAUCCAACACGACCCUCGUCAACACCAUCCGCUGAAUACGCUGAUAACCGAACUCUUUUGGGAUUGCAGAACGAUAGAGGCCUAAAGGCCACGUCUUCAUCGCCAAACUUUGUAUCGGGAGCGGAAAAGUUGAGUGAGCAGACGGACAGUCAGGCGGGCAGGAAGGGCUCCCACGACGGCAAAGAUCAGGCCAAGAAUGGUUCCGUGGAGAGACCAAGCACCCCGGCCGGCACUACUGGGUCGGCAAAGCAGCAAAAGAAGGACAAGGGUCCUAAUAAGGAGGAACUGUCGAAGAAGGCCAGCCAGUUCUUUAAAGACAGGUUCUAUUAUGACGAGGAGGAGAAGGCAGAUGACGAGGUGAAGGAAGUUGAUAGUGAAAAAGCGGCGGAAACGGAAGAUGCGCCAGCUGAAGAUUCAGAGGUAAAGGAAGAAACUGCCACACCUGCUAGCACUCCAGAUCGCUUUUCCGAGCUUGUGGAUGGUUUCCUUGAGUUAAAGCUACCAGAGAAGUCGCUGAAGGAUGUCUGCAUCAAUCUGCUGAUGGAUGUUUUGGACCGUGUGAACGAUGUCUAUCUGGAACGUGUUGUGCGGCUCUUGCAGACAUUGCGCAAACAGUCCAAUAUCAAGACGAACAUUGUGGUCGAGGUUUUCAAGCAGCUCGUUAAUAAGAUGAACGAGAGGGAGGCCCUUAAUCCCCGGAUCGCUUCCCUCGUGGCCAGUGUCCUAGCAAAGACCGUAUGCGAACCGGCCCUCUUGAAGCUGAAUGAUAUCGCAAACUACACCGAUAACGGACAGCAUUAUCCACUCUUCCUGCUUGUCCUGCAGCAGCUGGUCAAGCUUAUUGGUAAGGAUGCGCUGGAAGAGAAAUUCAGGGCGAGCAAAGUGGAUUUGAUUAAUAGCCUGCCGGAGGCGGAUCGGAAUAAGGAGCGACUAGCCGAGAUUCUCGAGGACCGUCAGCUGUCCUUCCUUUAUCCGCUUUUGAAGGUACAGGCCGAGAUGCUGAAGCAACUGCAAAGCGAUCCCAACCCCAACAACUUCUACAAGUGGAUUAAGGCCAACGUGGACAACAAGUACUACAAGGACCCGGGUUUCAUUCAAGCCCUCAUGACCGUGGUGGUCAAGUACGUGACCAAGGAGACGACGCUGGCGGCAAACCUUGACCCCAAGGAGCACCCGGAGAAAUCGGUGACUCAAAAGGAGCAGCAAUUGUUGGAGAACUACAGCCAGAUGUUGCAGACUUUCCUGGGACAGAACGAGCUGCAGUUGAUGGCUCUCUACGCCCUGCAAACGUUCUGCUACAAUGAGAAUUUCCCAAAGGGCAUGCUGUGCCGUUGGUUCAAAUAUCUGUAUGAAUCUGAAAUUAUUGAGGAGGAAGCAUUCGUCUUGUGGAAGGAGGAGAUUUCCGACAAAUAUCCAGGCAAAGGAUCUGCUUUGUUCCAAGUGAACACCUGGUUGACUUGGCUGCAGGAGGCCGAAUCUGAGGACGAUGAGGACUAAGAAGCACCAGUCCCACAUAACAACAACGCUAUAUGUUUAUCACUUCCAAUAUUUAUUCACAAAUCAAUAAUGAUUACAUGAUGAAAAAACAACAAAAGUAACAAAAAAAAAAAGCUAACAAGAUAUAAUAAGUAAAAAAUAUCAGCAGGAUGGAUGUUUGAUAUCGCGGUUGCAAAUCUUAGUCAAAUUAUAGUAGAACAAACAAAAAAAAAAAAAAUUAAUCAAAAUUAUUUGAUAUCCAACAAAUUCAAAGAACUUUAAAAACUGAUUAUCAAUAAAUAAAACGCAAUAGACGGCAAACAUAAACGAUAUUUAAUCCAUACAACAUAACCGCAAGCGAAGUUAGUAAAUUACCAUUGACAUUUCAAGCAUAACUACUAGUGAAUUUCAUCUACAUAUUUUUUUUACAUUGACGACCGGAACUGAUCUUUAAAUCGAAUAUCUCUGUUUUCUGCCUUUAUUUGGUACUCGCCGAUUUCCCGAUUGUGUAUUUAAUUAAGUAGGUCAAAUCAAAGCGACAACGGGAGCGAAAGAAAAUCUGAAUGUAAUUGUGAACAAAAUAUCUUAUAUAUGUAUUUUAACUCCAAACAUUAUAAACUCGCCCACAUUAAAUAGAGCCUUAAUAAAUGCAACCAACACUGCGAACGGCGAAAA